CGCGUUUUGUCAUAGAUGCGACAUGAACUCUGUUUUCCAUACGAGAAAAGUGUAGAGGAAACUUUGGCGAAAUAUUUGGAAUAACGGUUCGUUACAGGGUCAUUUUCGGGAAAAAUUAUUAGGUCACAGUUGAAAGAAUGCGUGCUGACUGAUCAUGAAUGCUGUGUCUCCAAAAGCUUCUCUGGUUAAAUUAGGACUUUAUCCACGACCAAAAGCGCUGAAGGUGAUGGUGUUAGGCCAAAGUGGGGUAGGAAAGUCAGCUAUGGUAGUGCGGUUCAUAACAAGGAGGUACAUCGGCGACUACGAUCCGACUCUGGAGAAAAUCUACACUUUCCACACCGUCAUCGACAACGAGAUGGUCUGUUUCGAUAUAUUGGAUACGGCCGGACAGCCAGAUGAAAGCGAAUGCUUGGGUCUAGAGGCCAAUAUCCGGUGGGCGGAAGCCUUCAUCCUCAUGUACUCUGUCACGGACAAAUGUUCCUUCGACGAGUGCUACAGGCUGAAAUUCCUCAUAAACUACAACAAGCGACGGCGGCGGUUGGGCAGCAGCGGGAAAGACGGCUGUGGCGACGUGCCUGUAGUCCUAGUGGGGAACAAGAUCGACUUGGCUGAGGACCGGAUGGUGUCCUUGGAGGAGGGGCAGAAGAGGAGUAAGGAAAUCGGUUGUGUUUGUUUCCAUGAGAUCUCCGUGAGGGAGAGCAUAGAACAGGUGUUCAAUGUUUUUCGAGACGUCUGCAGGUUUUGGCGAGUUCACAGCAAAAAUCCUGUCAAGAUGAGACGGUCGGCCAGUGAAAAGGAACGGACGUCACCGGACACAGUUGGAUCGUUAUGUUCAGCGGUAGUUUCGCCAAAUAGCCUCUAUCCGUAUAAGCCAAUAAUAGGUAAACGUUGGACCGAGGUGGAGCUGGAAGAAGAAGAAGAGGAGGAAUCGGAGAGCAAAGAAAGCGCCGCUUCCAGUCCUUGCGACGCUGUACCUUUCCGAGAAAGAGCUUCUACGGAGGGUCACAUUCCCCACAGGCCUUGGAGGUGGAGAUAUCCCCCCCCUAAGUCAAACAAUAAUGACCCUAAUUACUACUCCAGUGCUAGGGUGGAUAGGAGGAUGAGCAUUUCCAUGAGGGGGAGUAACGCAAGCUACUAGUUCAUCUCGACUGUACUUAGGAGAAAUUGUUGAGAACGGAUGAUAUUUAUAUGUUUAUAUGGAAUUAUAUAUUAACUGUUUUUUGUUAUUGAGAGAUUAUAAUAAAAAUAUUAUUAACAUUCCA